CGGGAUUUUAAAGAAGUCGAAACUCUAUAUUUAAGGAAACUGAAAAGAGUGAAAAAAACAAAGCGAGGGAGAGAAGGCGAAGAAAACAGGUAUGAUAAGAUCGGUGAUGGUGAUGAACACUCAAGGCAAGCCUCGUCUUGCCAAAUUUUACGAUUUUCAGCCGGUGGAGAGGCAGCAGGAGCUGAUACGCAGCGUUUUUGGAGCCUUGUCCAGUAGAGCUGAAAAUGCCAGCAAUUUCAUAGAGGCCGAUUUAAUUUUCGGCCCGGGUACUCGCCUUGUGUAUAAGCACUAUGCAACUCUUUACUUUGUUUUGAUAUUUGAUAGUUCUGAAAAUGAGCUAGCUAUGCUUGAUCUCAUCCAAGUUUUUGUGGAGACAUUAGACAAAUGCUUCAAAAAUGUAUGUGAGCUCGACAUUUUCUACAAUUAUAGCAAGAUGCAUACUAUUCUGGAUGAGAUCAUCUUUGGUGGUCAAGUGCUGGAAACAAGUUCUACAGAAGUCAUCAAGGCUGUUGAAGAAAUAUCAAAGUUGGAAACAGCUUCAAAUGCCAUCACACUUGUUUCCAAGUCAGUUUCUAGUUGGCGAAGUCGUUAGCAUUAGGUCCAAAAAUAGCUGCUAAUAUGGUUGAUGUUACAAGUUUAAACACUAUUAGUUGGCUGCCAAAUUUAUUUCUGUUCUACAGGGUUUCAUGUGAUUUUGGUUGAGCUGUGCCAAUGACCAGUGUUGUACAAUGGUGAAGAGUUUCUCCACAGAAAAUUGAUUAUAUUGCUGGCAUCCAUCAACAGAGAAUUGAACUUAAUAAAGACCGGGCAACUUAAUUGAUUAUAUGGCUGUUUGUUUUUUGGGCAACUGAGGUUGACUGCUGAGGGAUCAGCCCAAGAUGGAUGUUUGCGGGGGUAAAUGUUCAAUAUCUUUUCCUAAAUCAAACUAAUGACGAUUAAUAUUCAUUAUGGGGAAUGUUGUUGGAUUUGAUUAAUAGCAUGCGGAUUUCUUUUAUGGUUCUGUUGAAUGUACAGCAUUCACUUUGGCAAUGGAAACAUGAGUUUUUAGGA